AGAGUAAAAUCUGAAUUCCCAACUCUUUUUCUUUUCACAGCUGUUAAGGGUUCAGUGGGUUGAACUGCAAUCCUUCAAGUUCAUCUGUUGACUCCAACACAAAACUAUUAUAAACUGUGCCUCUAAAACACGUGAUGAAACGUUUCUUUAGAGCUAUUUAUUCCAACUGCAGCAGAGGAAAGUUUUCAGAACACCCGGCAUUUGGUAGAGGAAAGGUCUCUUGAGCUUUGCACAAGGACGAAUUAUUUGCAUACCAACAUGUUUCUUUUACAUCUUUGAUCUGAAGUUUGACUUUACACAUACAUACACAUUCUCCUCCAGGGUUUAGCUUCUCCAUGCUGAAAAUGGACCAUGCAAACAUGACCCAAGCCAUGCUUGAUGCUGAAUCCCGCAACACAGACAAGAGCAGCAGCAAUGAGUAUUUUUACAUUCUGAUCGUCAUGUCUUUCUAUGGGAUCUUCCUGAUAGGGAUAAUGCUUGGCUACAUGAAAUCCAAAAGAAAAGAGAAGAAGUCCAAUUUGCUUCUGCUCUACAAAGAUGAGGAGAGAGAAUGGGGGGAAGCUGUGAAGCCUCUACCAACCAUAUCGGGGCUGAAAUCUGUCCAGAUCCCCAUGAUGCUGAACAUGCUGCAGGAGAGCAUGGUGCCAUCCCUGUCCUGUGCCAUCUGCUCAAUGGAAGGCAGCAGUGUGAGCUCUGAAUCUUCCUCCCCAGAUGUGCAUUUCACCAUCCAGGAGGAAGUGCUGGAUGCUGAACUGGGGGAAGUGUCAGAAAUGCUCCUCAAUGAGAGCAGCGAGGGAUCUGCGGAAAACAUCCAUAAGAACUCCUAGCACUUGCAGGGCUCCCUUGAUCAGCUGCCAAAGCGUGAGUGGAGCUCCCACUAAGAACUUUUGGUUCUACUUUCCUGUUCUCCAACGAACUCUGAACCAGGUAGCUGUGCAUCUGGGCCCAAGGUGUUCCUGAGAGCUGGCAGGACAAGAAGCAGUGGUACCCAACUCCAAAGUGUAACUUGCACGUAAUUGGGAUGCUUAAUUUCAAUUUUUCCAUUAUUAUUUCUUACCAUAAAAGCUAAGAACAAGGAGAAUAUAUAUAUUUUGUAACAAGGUAACUAUUACUGGCAUGUUCCUUCAUAUUUUGGAAUUCUGCAGAUAUCUGGGGAAUGUUUAGGGAAGUUACUCUAACACAAGUGCCUGGUUGUUAAAGAUGAUGGAUAAUGCUUAUUCACACAAAACUGUGAUAGACUAGAAGUACUUUUACUGUGUUUUUUUUUCUAUAACAAACCACAGGCAACAGGAGAUUUGCUCAGAGGCCUCAAAAGUUGAAAAUCUGUUGAUGCUGUAGUUGAAGGGAGAUUGUAUCAUGGCUGGAGACUGACUUCAGCACAGAAAGAAUGAAAGAAAAAGAGGGAAAAAAAAAAAAAGAAAAGGAAAAGGGCAUCAAAUUCCUAGGAGAUUUGUAAAGCUCAGUUUCAGAUCCAUGCCACUAUAUCUAUCUUUGCUUUAGUUGUACCUGUCCUGGCUGGGUCAGGUUCACCAACUUCUGCUGCAAUACAGCCUUUGACUGAGCUUCUGGUAGGAAAAGAGGUUUUGUUUUUGGCUUUUGUAAUUUUAAAGAUAUGUACAUUUGAUCACUAAAGGCAUAUAUCUGUAAGUUAAAGAAGACAUUAAAAGAUCUUUGUUACAAGGUGUAAGAUGUAGAAAGGCUUGAACAAAUGCUGCUCUGUUACGCCCCCUUGAAAAAAUAGGUGGAAUUCAGAAUAGAAUUU